AGCAGACUUAUCCUCGUCGUCGUCUUCCUUAAAAUCAUCCAUGAUUUUUUCUUUAUAUUCAUAGCAUUCAAUUCAGUCCAACGCUCUUUAAUCAUCUCUUUCAAAUUUACUGGAUCUACCGUCAAUUCAAUCCCAUAUGUUCCUUCACCUGUAAGUAUUGAUUAUGGCGUUGGGCCGCCUAUAAAACCCAAACCCACUCUCCCCUUUCUUCUUCACAACAACAUUUCCAGUUACUAAUAAGGUCUAGGGUUAAGUUGGUGAUGGGCUCAGAGAAUAAUAAAUUCAAUUUUAAGGAUAAGCUUUCGCUUAGGGUCCCUUUCAUGGCUGCUGCUUCUAAUAGCAAAAGCAAUCAGGUUUCUGUUUCUCAGCCGCCGCCGCUGCCGUUCCAAGAUCCGGCGAUGAGUAAUCAGACUUGUUUUGGAGCUUUGCAGGCCGCCGCAUCUUCUUCAUUUCCGCCUCCGGAAAAUUUCAUGAACAAGGACAACGUUAACGCGGAAGCCUAUGAUGUGGGUGAGUUGGAUCAAGCUUUUCUUCAUUUUCUCAACUUACAAGCUCAAGAUCCCUCGUCAAGCCAAGACCAACAGAACUAUGGGAUGAGGCUACCAAAUACUCUGAACAUGUUCCCCUCAGAGCCCAUGCACGUCAACCCAUCACCAACUGCGAGAUCAUCCUCACCGUCAAUGGAAUUAUCCAACCCUAAAAACAAAGCUCUUCUUGCUUCGGCUUUAGCUUCUGAACCUCUUAAGCUUGAAGGAAGUGGAAGUGGAAGUGAAAGUCGCAGAAGUUCGACAUCAAGCGGCGGAGGACGCGACGAGAGUGGAACCCUAAACGCUAAGGAAGUGGAAGUGGAAGUGAAAGUCGCAGAAGUUCGACAUCAAGCGGCGGAGGACGCGACGAGAGUGGAACCCUAA